UCAUGUGGACAACAUGAAAUCAUACUCGCUGUCUUGGGCUCUUUUAUACGGACGGGGGUAGGAUGAGUAGAAUCAUGUAGCCCCUCUUCCCUGGGUGUUCUUCUGCUAUGCUUCUGCGUGCGUGACAAUCUUGCUGUAAAUAUGUGUAGGACCCGGAAACGUGAUACUGGUACAACAUGACUGUGGGGCAAACUUUAGUUAAGGCAUCAAAAUUGUGCUUUUUCUCUCUGUUUCUUUACAAUACGGCUGUUUUCGCGUUAAAAUCAGGUUCCAUUGGAAAUUGCCCAAUUUCAAGCACGAAUUUCAGCGCAGCAUUCCUCCACAACCCUCCAUACGUGAAAGCCAAUAGGACAAAAUGGCAUGGCCUGAUUUAUGAUUUUGUGCAAGCGGGAUUAAUUCGCUGUUUUCGCCGCUACUCCUGCAAUAUGACGAAGAUGCAUUGGAGGGAGGUUUUCUCCGAGGAAAAAUUGAGCUCCCUCACUCUGGAAGAAAAAACUGACAUCGCAAUUCCGAUAACACCUUCGUUGUUUUCGUCGUUGACUGAAGAAUUGUCGACAUCACGAGACUGGCGCGUCACGCUUGUCACUAUCGUAGAAUCGCCUGGUUUUGCGUUAGUCAUUGAUUACGAUGCCUGUAAGACGAAGAUUGAGAAGAUUAUUACGUACACAAUUCUGUCUGCUUGGCCCGUUUGCGCAGUGAUUUUACUCUUGGCUGGUAUUUCAGGGAUCUCCAUAUGGGCAUUGGAAUCAAGCACUAACCAUCAUCACUUCCCGUCUUCCUUUGGGCGUGGAUCAACAGAAGGAUUCUGGUGGGCUUUUGUUACCAUGACAACUGUUGGGUACGGUGACAAAGUUCCACGGACCAUGUACGGUCGACUUUUCUCCGUUGUUUGGAUUUUAACCGGCGUCUGUCUUAUUUCCAUUUUCACUGCUGCUAUCACCAGCGCCAUCACUGUUUCGUCUGUUGACCCAGGCUGUAAAAGUACUCAAGGAAAACGCCUCGCAGCAAUAAACGGAUCAGAUGCUGAAAAGGAGGCGAGACAUCGUGGGGCUUAUGUUACAAGUAUUGAAACAGAAAUGAAGAUGUUCGAUAUGUUAACAGCAGGUGAUGUUGAUGGUGUCAUGUUGGACAGAUUCAAAGCUUACUACUACCUCGAUCAACUGAAAAACGACAAUCUUAGAGUUGCCUUGCGUAUCGACACUUCACUACAAUAUGGCGUCUCGCUCAUAGAUAGAGGCUUUCCUGAGCUCACGGGAAAGAAUGGGUGCCUUGCAGAAUACUUCGUCAAUUCCCGCCAUCGUUUGGAUAGAACAAUGAAACACUACAUAAUGCCGGUGAAG